GUAAGAAAAAGAAGACCUAAAAUGAAAAAAAAAAAAAAAAAAAGAGGAAACGGUUUGUUGAUUGGCGCGUUCACGGGGAUGGGCACUGACAGAAGGCUUCGUGCAAAGGCUCGAACACGUCCAACAUAAACAGGAAUUUAUUUUGCCAUCCAAACAUUUGGAGCAGGAGCGAGGGGGUGUACCGCUCAUGCGUGGAACUUGUUGGGAGUUUCCCUUUUUUAACGAGGAAAUUUUAGUCGCCUCUCUUGGAAAAAGCAAACGGGACAAGUAAGAUUACUCCGUCGGAAAGGGAGAGGACUUGUUUGUUUUGUUUUUUUUUUUAGGGAAGGACAUGGCCAAAUUGUUCCGUGCUGCUAUCAUGGGUCCUCCGGGAUCAGGGAAAGGAACCAUAUCGGAGAGGAUUGCGCAAAGCUUCGGCCUUCAGUAUUUAUCCAGUGGUCAUUUUUUACGGGAGAGCAUAGCAGCUAAUACAGAGGCCGGAGUGCAAGUAAAGACAUAUGUGGAGAAAGGCAUGCUGGUGCCUGAUCAUGUGAUGACCAGGCUGAUGAUGCCCAGACUGGAACGCUUGAGUGGUCAAAGCUGGCUUUUAGAUGGUUUUCCACGGACACUUGUGCAGGCCCAAUCCCUGAACAAUUUGUACCAGCUUGACUUGGUAAUCAGUCUCAACAUCCCUUACGAGACUCUAAAAGACAGAUUGAGCGACCGGUGGAUCCACCCAGCCAGCGGCCGAGUUUACAACAUGGGCUUCAACCCACCCCGAGCGCAGGGUAAAGAUGACAUCACCGGGGAGCCCCUGAUUCAGCACGACGACGACAAACCCGAAGCUUUGAUGGCCCGACUGAGACAUUACAAAGAUGUGGCGAAGCCCGUCAUUGACUUAUACAAGUCACAAGGAAUCCUGCACUCCUUUUCUGGUACAGAAACAGAUCGGAUUUGGCCUUACAUCAACUCUCUCCUCAGCACCAAGAUGCACACGCAGCCAGUUGAUGCCCAACAAACCCAGGUGCCCUGACUUUGCUUGGAGACAAGACCUGGCAAAAACAUCAAGAAGAACGUCAAACGUGGAGUGAGCUUCUCCGACGCUGGAUUGUUUCUUUCAGGUUCAUCAGUAAGAGUGGAGUUGAGAAAUGGCAGAAUCCAAUCAGUUUUCACCUAAUUGGCAUUUGAAGGUGUUGCAAAUUUUGCUUGGUCAAAUUUGAGGUGUGCUGCGGAUGUUUGCGAUAAUGCAACAAAAUGGUAUUCAGUGAUUUCAAACUCUUAAUUUUCACUCGCGACACGCACACCACACAGAUUCUAAAUUGAAGCCGUAUGCAAACAGAACAGCAGAUUACAGGAAGGAAAAGGAGGAUGAAAUAAGGUCAACUGUUCAGGACAUUUUCCUUUGCAGUAUACACAGUCUACAAUUAACUAUGCAUUAUCUUCAAUAAGUCCGACGGAUAAAAUGGUUUGUGUCAAAAAAAUGAUGUGUAGUCGGGGCGAAAAUCAUUUGAAAGUUGAGUUUGAAAGUAAACUAAUGUAAUCCAGUACAUACUAAUACGGCAGUGCAAUACCUCAAGAAUCUAAAACCAGGGCUGUUUUGAAAAUCCCAAAAGCACUUUCUGCUGACAUAAAGUACAGUAAUACUGUAAUCCAUUAAAAGUAGAACAAAAUCGUUACCCUGUACAAAUACCCUGAAGGGACAGCACAAAAAAAAGGACCUAAUACAUGCAUAUAAUUAAACGCAGUGGCGAACAAAAUGGGAUAUGGGUAAAGCAAUUAGUUCAUAUUUCAAAACAGCUUCUCCCAUUAGAAAUUCAAAUUAAAUACAAUAUUCCGGGGGCAAACUAUUAAUGGGACUAUUAGCAGUCAUACAAGUGUAAAAAUAUGAUGUGCUAUAAUUAGAUAGCAUCUAAGGAAGUGGGGAGGAAGGCUUGCUUAAAAGAGUCCUUUUUUUUUUUUUACAUUCAAAUUGUGUGACUUUCCAUGUGUUUGAUUUGUGAAGAAAAAUAUCUGGCUGUCCUCUCCCUCUCGUAUUGAAACUUAAUGAACAUUAUUGACGCCAUUUUUAGAUUUGCUGUGCAAUGCAAAGUAGGCAGCUGCUUCGUAAUUGAUCCGGAGAACCAGUUACUGAGUUCAUUGUUACUAUUCUGCUCUAUUAUUUGUAUCUGUCUGUCUGUUUGAAACAAAUAACACGUACACGCUUCCACACUAUGUUGGUGCUGUGGUUCAAUUUCCAAAAUGCCUCAGUGUAACCCUACACUGUACCCUUGUGGCUUCGAUGAAAACCUAAACACAGACGAUAGAGUCCCUUGAUUGCUCGCAUAACGGGCAAAAACCAUCACUCUGCUAUUCACGUUCAGAUAAUCACAUUUUCAAAUAUAUUUGUUCCACACCCAUGACAAGUUACAAAGAAUGUAUGAUGUUUUACGUUACUCCCCGACGGAUGGUUAUGCCCCAAGUCUGCUUUUUCUGCCCGUCACUGUAUAUAAAGAUGUAUCAUUUCACACUGAAUCGGGGUCUUUCGGGAGAGCACGGUACGCACGUACUGAUUUUUCAACACCUCAACCGAUUUUUAAAACAAGAGAGACCCCGCACAUGAAGAGGAAAAAAAUCAACAAGCAUUCCUUAACUGCACUUAACCUAUAGUAUGUGGUGUACAUUACUAGUGAUGACCGAAACACCACACCACACUCAUAAUCAUACAUUGACUGACAAUUAUGAGCCUCCUUCCCCAAACCAGAUGUCUGUCACAGUAUCCAAGGCUGACUGUUGAGAGGAAGAAAAAGAAAAAAAAAUAGUAGUAGAAAGAAAUACAAGAUGUUGAACUUAGUACGUGCAAAUUAUUCUCCUUGUUAUUGCCGUGGUGAUGAAUAGCUUCAGUAAACAAACAACAAUGAAUAGCUUCAGUAAACAAACAACACAAACCACACAAACACACUCCUGUUUGUGUCUGGCAACGUCAUACACUUCGUUUUCCUUCUGCAUAUCACAGUCACGGAGUCCGUGGCUCGGCCGAACUCGGGAUGUCCACCGCGCGUAAUAAUUUGCAAUCGUGAAUGUUAAACAGGCUUAACAUUCAAGAUUGUCGGCACUGACCUUUUUCAAGAGCAGAUGGAGGAGGAAAUAUGAGACGUAACUGGAGGAGAGCGCCUCGGGAUAAUAUCAUCGCUGUCACAGACAUCUGAGAUAUGGGCCUUUGCUGAUUUGAUUGGGGUGGGCAGGGCGGCUGGGGGGAAUGGGGACUUUUGCCCAGUUGUCAAAAUGUAUUUGCUCUGCUUUAGGUGGCAAUGUACACAGGUACUUCUGUUGACAUUCUAUAGAUAGGUCCUUCUAAUUACUUCUAGUAUGAAACAUACAUUUUUGUUUUACACUGAGACAAUACUCUCUUACGCACUAGUGCCACGCUGAUGAUCGUGUAAGAAUGCCUUAUUAUUAUUUUUAUAGAAACUGCUAACAAUGGAAAAACAAACAAAAUGUUGAGAUUUGUCGGGAGUGUUAAAGUUUCAUAUGGCCACACCUGCGCUGCAUCUGUGUAGUCUUCAUGUGGUUUGACGCCUUUGUUUGGACAGGAAGCCGAGUGGGGUGUGGUGUCAAAGUACUCAGGUGGUCAUGAUCACACCCACUUUCCUUUUGUGUAAGAUGUUUCUUUUCACGACAACUUUUGAGUACAAAUUCUGAUCAACCUUGUUAUGUUAUAAAUGGAAUAAAAACAUUGUCUGAAAA